UCUGAUUAGCCACGUCAUGAAAACCUAGCAGAGUGGAGCAGUUCUGACGUAAAGACAGCAAGGGGUUGCGGUGUUUUGGGGGGAUAUUAGUUCAUUUCAUCAAAGAGAAGCUCUUGUUUUAGAGUUAUAACUUGGCAGUAAACGUAUGGAAAGAUGUCAGACAUCGCGGACUUUUUCAGAAGCAUCCCUUUCAUCACCCGAUCCUGGUUUGCUGCCUCGGUUGCUGUUCCCUUCAUUGGGAAACUAGGAUUGGUUGAUUUCAGGAACCUCUUGCUGUUUCCGGAGCUGGUCUUUAGCAGGUUUCAUCUCUGGAGGCCAGUGACAGCAGCCUUGUAUUACCCAAUAACCCCUAAUACUGGAUUCAUGUACCUGAUUAACCUCUAUUUCCUCUACCAGUACUCCACUCGGCUAGAGACGGGGCCGUUCAGUGACAGACCUGCAGAUUAUAUUUUCAUGCUCUUCUUCAACUGGAUCUGUAUUGUUAUAACCGGGCUGCUGAUGAACAUGCAGCUGCUGAUGAUCCCACUGAUCAUGUCAGUGCUCUACGUCUGGGCUCAGUUCAACAAAGACAUCGUUAUGUCCUUCUGGUUCGGAACAAGAUUCAAGGCACAUUAUCUACCUUGGGUCAUCCUGGGCUUUAACUUCAUCAUGGGAGGCUCGUUUGUGAAUGAACUAAUAGGGAACCUGGUGGGUCAUCUCUACUUCUUCCUCAUGUUCAAAUACCCCAUGGACUUGGGAGGACGCACCUUUCUCUCCACACCAGAGUUCUUGUAUCGGUACUUCCCUAACAGGAGAGGGGGGGUGUCUGGCUUUGGCGUCCCUCCCACCAGGAGACCAGCUGUCCAGGAGCAGGCGGGAGGAGGUGGGGGAGGACGUCACAACUGGGGCCAAGGCUUCCGUCUGGGGGGUGAAUGAGGGGAGACGAGAGCAGAGAGAGCUACCCCCCCCUUCAGACUCUGGCUAUAGGCUCAGUUCACCACGUAAAGCCAGCUCUGCUAUUACUACUACUACUACUACUGCGGAUGUGUCCAUGUGAAGCAGAUAGAAGAAAAUCUGAAUAAACUGAUUUUUUUAAUGUGAUGAUUUUUCCUCCCUCCCCUCCUCUUCUUCCUCUCUGUCCUCUUCUUUUCACCCUCCUUCCCAACCGCCCUCUCUCCACACCCUGCCAUCGGACUGUCAAGACAGGAGAUGUUGCAGCUGCACACCAGCACGCUGUUGAUUUUGAUUCUCGUGUUCCCGUCCUCUCUCUAUGAUGCCAUAUCAGAUUACAUUGUAAUUACCAACGCACUGGGAGUGUGCUCUCAGCCACCCCUCCACAGAACACGGGCAAAGCUAUUUAGAGAGCACUGUUUCCAGGUCUGAAUUUACAUGGGUGUAAAAUGUUUUUCAAGCCUCUGUGGCACAGACUUGGUCUUCCUCUGUCUUAAGAUCCAAUCGUAACCAAAAUAAGGUGAAGAUGGGAUUUUGCUUUUUUUUGUAAAUAUAACUUGUUUAUUGAAAGGC